AUUACAGACCAAAAAGUUUCUCAAUAUAAUUCGAUAUUCAGAAGAGACCGAUACCAGAUAAUUUGAAACAUUUAUAAUAAUAUAUGAAUAAUUUUCUGCAACCUCACGUAUAGUACAGUAUUAUAUUUGUUGAAAGUUCAGAAAAUGAAUCUGAAACGCAGAACAAAGGGAAUCUUGCUAGCGUUCCCAGCUGUAGUAAUUUUAAUUCUCCUUCAACGUAAGAAGCAUUCUACUACAUUCCAAUAUGAUGUAAAGACCAACAAGAUAUCGCCAACAGUGAAAAUAAAACAGACCAAAUUUGUACAUGAUAUCAGCACUACUACCCAUGCAUACGACUGGAAUGCAGCCCCUCAACGAUUUUCGAAAAGAAAACUUCAUUUGGACAAUGCUUGUAAACGAAGACUGAAUAAGCCUUUGAGGUUGAAAUGGAAGAAAAAUCAAGCUUUUAUAGCGAACUAUGAGCGCCGUAUGCUAGUUUGUGCGUCUCACAAAGCUGGAAGUAGUACAUGGCAUUGGAUGAUUUGGGCAACAAAUAUAAAACAGAAGGGCCUGGAUCCAUAUAAAGAAUCAUAUGGUCGCGACGCAGCACUGGGAAACUAUAAGAUCGUUGGUAAGCUUUCGGAGACCCAAGGAAACAAACUAAUUACUCACGUGAAGGGAGACGAUAAUUUUUUCAAUCCAUCUCCAAAGAAUUCAAGCUUCAGAAUUAUAUUGACUAGGCAUCCUUUUGGACGAUUAAUUUCUGCAUGGAAUCAAAAAUUUCUUAAAACAUCAAACUAUUGGACAACUUUAUUGAAGACUUAUAAAGUUAUGUUAAAUUACAAGAAGGACAUCGUAAAGGAUCACGCGAUGUCAUUUAAGGAUCUUGCAACUUAUAUCGCAAAUAUUCACGGCAACGGACGAUAUUUCGACAUGCAUUUUCAUCCAAUAUCGAAAAUAUGUGAACUAUGUGAAUAUGACUAUACCUAUAUCCUGAAAGCAGAAAGCGUUGAUCAAGACGAGCCAUGGUUGAUGAAACGACUCAAUUUAACAGACGUUACAAUCAGAAAGAGAAACAUGGCAAUUGGUGGAAGCUUGAUUAAUAAUAAUCCCAAGGUAAACAUUAAAAAAUACAUGUCAAUGUUACCACCGACAGUUGUUCAGAAGUUGUACAAAUUAUACGAAGCUGAUUUCGAUUAUUUCGGAUAUACUUUCAACUUGACAACCCUAGAAGCUGGAGGAUUUGAAUGAAAUAUAUAUUUAUAAUCAAUACUAGUCAUAAUUUUGCACAUUUGCUCAUUGUAAAAACGUGCGGGUAGAACUUGCAUUUUUUGUCAUCUGGUGGUCAGGCUGUUUUUUACGCAGACGACAGUAUCCCUGUUCGAAAUACAAUCACUUUAUUUUUAUUAAUCUACUCUGACUUUGAGUAUUCUAAUCCAUAGAAGUUAUUGAAACAGAACGUCAAGUUUAAUUGCCACAAGGAUUGAAAUUACUGAAAGACUGUCGUAAUUUAAAAACUGAAAACUAAACGUUGUAGGAGCUCUGAAAAGCACCAGCAUAUAUGUAACUGUUCUCAAUAUUUUAAAAAUAGCUUACAUGCAGAUUGUUUGAAGGAAUAAAUAUUUUUCCGAAAUAGA